GUGUGUCAGUUUCGUUGGGGCCUGUGGUGGAUGCCGGCGAUGAGGGGGAUGGGCGCUUCGAUGAGCGUAAGGACCCGACACAGAACUGGAGCCCCGUAUUACAUACAGCAGUAUACCCCAUAAUAAACAGCGACUGUAAAUAUACAAGACACUAACAUUAUUGGUGUUGUUCACCGGGGAUUUAUAAAAGACACCAAUGGAUGUAGCGCACCAGAACAAGACAAGGGAUUUAACUUUCCGACAUUUUUUGGGAGAUACUGAGAACUUUGUUUCUUUCCGUUGAAGAGGGAGCUACUUGUAAGGGCAAAGGAUACAGGAGACUCCGAGGCGGAUAUCCAGGCCUACUGGUCCAAUUGGAAUUGAUGUUGGGAUACUUCAAGGACUUCCAUAGUACAUUAUUUUGCCCUAUUUGUAAGGAGUUUGGGAUGACUCUUUAGGUCCCCGAUGACCGUGAGCCGUGAGCUCCGGCUCAACGGCGCCCCCCUUCUGGAGUGCUCUGUUGCUGUCAUCUGGACCUUGUGAUUCCUCUGCUCCCUCACUUCUCCCCCAUCCCAUCCUGUCCCUCCUCCCCCCUCCCCCUCCUCCCCCUUGUCCCCCCUCUUCCACGCGUCGCUGUGCUGGACGUCAUGAGCAUAGUAAUCACCCUGGGAGUCACCACACCUGAAACGUCUUACUCGGAUAUGGCUGCUGGAUCAGACCCUGAGUCAGUUGAAGCAAGCCCUGCAGUAAAUGAGAAAAACUGCAACAGCCACAGUUGUGGUAGUGCACAGAAUCAUGGGUAUCGGGGACUACCAUAUGCUAUGCAACAGUCUUCCGUUGUAUGUUGUCAGGAUCACAACUAUGGCGCACCCCCUCCCCCUACCCCACCCGCCUCUCCGCUUUCCCCAACCAUCAUUCCCCGCAUGGAUCUCAAUGGCAUGGUACGCAGCUCCCAUUAUCACGAACCCAGACCCGACACCUCAGCUGACAGUGACAGCUCCUCAGAAGAAGACGGAGCUGUGGCCAGUUGGUGCCACUGUAGCCCCACCCCAGACGGCGCGCACGUCAAAUGUACCUGCAGGGAGCUGGACAGGAGGAAAGGAGUGCAGAGCAUACACAGAAAACCAGAGAAUGUCUCAGAUGGAGAAACUAGUGCAACAGAAAGUGGGGAUGAAGAGGUGUCGCCUUCCACCAUCUCAUACACCGCUACCCAGCAUACACCCACCAGCAUAAAACUGACUGUCAACCGAGUCAAAAGGAGCAAAUCCAAAAAGAGGAAGAAGAGCACAGAGAGAGGCCGUGGAACACCAAAGCCAAAGAAAGUCAAGGCUUUCAGACAGGGUUCAAGGAAAUCAAUGAGGAUGAAGAACUCCACCACCGAGGCCAGCGUGCUGGACGAGAACACAGCAGAAGGCUGGGAGAGCCGGAUCCGCCAGUGGACCGACCAGUACGAGGAGGCUCUUUCCAACCAGUACAGUGCUGAUAUCCAGACCCUGCUCGAGCUCCACCGCUCUGCCUGUUCGUCAGUCUCCAAGGUUGAGGGUGGCACAUCAACACCUCCUUCCAACACACACAUCCAUGCCUCUGUCAACGGCAUGGACACCAUCAACCGCACUGAGCUGGCGUGCAACAACACGGUGCUGGGCUCACAGAUGCAGCUCCAGCUGGGCCGGGUAACACGGGUACAGAAACACCGGAAGAUCCUCCGAGCAGCCAAGAACCUGGAACCAGACACGCUUAUUAUUGAAUAUCGGGGCAAGGUCAUGCUCAAGCAGCAGUUUGAAGUCAACGGGCAUUUUUUUAAAAAGCCUUAUCCAUUCGUGUUGUUCUACUCCAAAUUUAACGAUGUUGAGAUGUGUGUGGAUGCCAGGACGUUUGGAAACGAUGCCCGCUUCAUCAGGAGGUCCUGCACACCAAACGCUGAGGUCCGACACAUGAUUGCUGAGGGCAUGAUCCAUCUGUGCAUCUACGCCAUCAGUCAGAUUGCAAAGGACUCUGAGGUCACAAUUGGAUUCGACUACGAGUUCAACAGUUGUAAUUAUAAAGUGGACUGUGCCUGCCAUAAAGGCAACCAGAACUGCCCGGUGCAGAAGCACAACCUCAGCCCUAUGGAGAGUUUCCUGAGCCCAUCUGCACCGGUUCUUCCCUCCCCUGCUGUUGGCGCUGAGACCCGGCGAAGAAAAGCCCAGAGAAAGGAGCUGGAGAACUGCCUGGCCAGCAACGGCCCGCUGGCUCCGGACCAGCGGCUGGAGGCCAAGGACCUGCAGGGAGCCACAGACACUGAGGAGAGAGCGCCGAAUGAGGUCAAAGUGGAAGACGUGGAUGAAAAUGGGAUCGGCUGUAGUAAAAGAGCGCCAAACAGCCUUGAAAGGCAAAGGUCCGCCGUCGGAGUAGAGGCUAAGGAUGAGGCUGUGGACGCUGCGGAUGGGGCAGGGAAUCCCCCCGAGACUCCUUCUGUUCCAUACAGCUCUGGAGUGGGAGUCAGCACACGGCGGACCACCUAUUUCACGGAGACCCCUCCUCUUGAAGAAAAAGCUUCAGUACCCAUCCUUCCGGCCCCAGCUGCUCCCCCUAAACCUGCCAGACCUACCAAACCCCGACCCAAGAGCCGGAUAUCUCGCUACCGUUCAAGCUCCUCCCAGCGAGCUCGGCGGCAGCGCCAGGCUCUCGCCCAGCAGGCGGCGGCGGCGGCGGCCGCUGCGGCGGCUGCAGCAGCCUCAGGGCAGUUGUCUGCUGAUCAGGGGGCUGCUCUGAAUGACGAGGGGUCUCAGUGCCAACACGGAGCUGAACAUGGCCACGGAGAUGGUGGUCAGGGAGCUCAUCCCCUGGACGCAGAUGGCCAGGGUCCCAACAGCAUACUCAAAGGCAAUGUGCGCUACCCCAAGACCAAGAAGUACCUAGUCACAGAGUGGUUGAACGACAAAAUCCCUGGGGGGGAGAAGCUCCUCCAGGAGGUGCCUGUGGAGCGCCCCCUGCGGAUAACUACAGACCCCACAGUGCUGGCGACCACCCUCAACAUGCUGCCAGGCCUGUCCCACUCAUCCCUCAUCUGCACAGCUCCCAGACACUACGUCCGAUUCGGCUCCCCCUUCACCCCCGAGAGGCGUCGUCCCCGCCCGCUGCAGAUGGAUGGCACCUAUGGCUGCUACAAGAAGAGGUGGAUCAAACAGGUGGAGGAUGAAAGCUGUUCUACCAGCGUGGAGGACGGUACAGAGUCAACCUCAUCCCAGCAAAGUACCAGCAGCCGCUCCACCCCCAACCCCCUCUGCAGUGACGUCAGCGCACCGUUUAAAAAGCGGCAGCACAAAUACGCAGCUGAGACCGCGCGAGCAUCCUCGGACCACCUACUUCGCCCGCUCUCACCGAUCACGCCACCGCUCCCCGAGGACUCCCCCCACCCACUGCUCCACCCAUCCUGUGGCUCUCUGCUGCCAAAUGGUCUGAUCUGCUCACCAAUGCCCUCACUGCCCACAAGCCGCUGCAACACCCCGCUUCAGUUCGAAAACAUAUCAUCUCCUGAGGCAUCUCCUGUACACCGGCCAGAGUCCAUCUCUCCAGAGCCGUCUCUUCAGGCUGACUUUGACGCUUCUAGGCCUCAGUUUCUGGACCUGUCGCUCCCGUCCAGCUUGGAGAGCCCCGUGGCCAUGACCUCUGAUGAGUUUGCUGGGACUGCUUCAGGCCCAGAUUCCCAAGGCCAGUCAUCUGUGGGGCCCAGCUCCCUAAACCUUGUGUCAUGUCCUUCCUCAGACUCCAAAAACAGGGAGAAGGCCUUCAGGACAGAGUUCAACCUCAUUUAUACCUGCUCCCCCCUCAAUGCAAACCUUGGAAAUCCGUUGAGCUCAGAGCGCUGCCAUUCCCAGAUGGACGGAGCUUUUUCUCCUGCAGAUUCCUUCCACAGUUCCUUAAGUGGACAGGGACUGCUUGGAGACGUGGGCUCCGGGUCAAUGUCACCUUUUGGGGAGUCUCAUUAUGGAGCCGGCUACCCGGACAGGAGCACCUCCCCUCACACCAGUAACCCUCCACAGAAGAAGAAGAGGGCCAACCAGCAUACCAUUAGUCUGCUGACAGGAAAGGCAGAAUACCAGCCUAUAGCUGUAAGAAGUGAAAACAAGCCAGUACAUAAUAUGGUGUCUCUGCUGGAAUAUCGGAAGAGGAAGCAGGGCAGCAGCCGGGAGUCUGAACCAGCAGCCAGAAGCAGCCACACGCGGCCCGACUCCUACUGCAGCAAGGAAUCCCAUCCAGCCCGCUCCUAUCAGCAGAUGCAGCCCCCAGCCUCCCAACACCCCGCAGCUGCUGUCCCACACUUAGAGGAGGUCAGCCUCCCAGACCACCACAGGUCGUCACUGAAAUCCAAACAGCAGGAGUGCAACAACCAGUGGAUGGUCCCCACUACUGUUGAACGUUUACGGGAAGGUCAACGAGUGCUGAGAAGCAUCAAGAUGGAUCGCAUUUACAAAAGGAGUGAUGGCUCAGCAGAGAAAGACUUGGAUGCAGAUCGAUACGAGAGGCGAGCAGGACCUGGGGCUUCUUCCACAAAGAGCCCACUCAGAUACAGCUCCCCUGUCUACUCACACCAGUCAACAGAAAGUCACCGAGAGACAGACAGCCCAUCAUUCACCCAUCAGACGUCCAACUCUCCGUUCCAGAGUUCCUACAGUCCCUCAUCCAGCCAGAGCUUCUACCCUCGCUUCUCCUCCCACCCAGGACCAUCCCAAGACUACCCCAACUCCUACUCAAGUCCCACCCCCACCCUUGUGUCAGAUCCCAGGCAGCCAUGCGGCUCCCUUCACCAGCAGAGUGGCAGCAGCAGUAGCAGCAGUGAUGGAGGCCACAACUACGGCAGCAGCCAGCUAAAAACAAGCUUUUUGAGUAGCAGCUUAUUGGAGGCCGCCACCUCGGGACCCCGAGCCCAGGGACAGACUAAAGUAGACUUGAGUGCUCAGGGCUCCAGAGGGAGUCAGCAACAGGCUCCUGUUAGCCUGAAGGGGAGCAGCCCAGGCCAGGGAGGGCUGCAGGCCAGCUCCAGGCUAGCAGGCGCCCCUGGACCCACACACUACUCACAGCAGGGAGCAGGGCUCAGUCAGUUCCAGCACUCCCCUCACCAGGGACCCGCAGUAAGGACGAAGUCAGGAAGCUUUUAGGACCUUGUUCAGCUGUAUGUGUGAGUGUGUGAAGCUACAUGCCUCCUGGGCUCCUGACCGGGGGUUCAGGGAACCAGAGGAGCCACAUGUACAGACCUGAGGGGAGCAAGAACUUCCUGAGAGAUUUCUCCCUUUCUUAUUUUCCGUUUUUCAUUUCUUUUUGUUUUCAGGAAAAGAACAUUACAACUUUGUGCACAUAGAUAAAUCAUUGACUAUGGACAUCAUGACAGAAUAUGGGGGAAGCAACUUGGAAAACAUGGAAAGACAGAAUCCAACCUGCAGGUGAUCACAUGUAACUUUGAGAUUAUCCCAGAGGUCUCCUCUUGUUCCACAGUGGGCAAACUGGCUUCUUAUUAAAAACAAGAAACACGUUCCAGAUCAGCAUCUGCACAGAAGGCUAAAUUACUGUUCCCGUUGUCGUGGUAACCAGGGUGGUUAGAUGCUUACUGUUGUAUUUCCCUUAAAACACAAGAUGUUCAGAUUUAUUCUUGUUCGUAGGGGUGACUGAUGAACGGGUAGAACGGGGGAUUGGGUUCUCCAGGAUCAUUCCGUAAGCUUCCCAGGUUCUUCUUUUCUCUCAGUAUGAAAACAGACCAUUUAUUCCCUCACAGUUCUUGAUCAUUUGAUUUGUUUUGUGCUGGUUUUGGUUCAUUUGUUUGCUCCGCUGAAGCGUUGGGAGUUUUAGGACUUUUCGACAGGAGACUUCCAAAAUCCUACAGAGACAUCCAGGUCCUUCAGCUUGUGGUGCUCCAAACGUUUUUUCCCUAAUAAAGUUGCAAUCCGGUUCUGGCCCACCACACCUGUCCGCCCAUCUUGUUUUGCUAUGAGCUCGUAUCUGUUGUUUAAACCCAGGUCAGGUCCUUCGUGCAGCAGUGAUUACAUUCAGGAACGGAGGAAUGGGACUUGAUGGCAGGAUUUCUGAUCUGUCAGAUCUCUGGAGUUUCUCUGACCAAUCCUUGCAUUCCACGUGACGAAAAGCAAAGCAGAGCAGGUUUCUAAGGAAGCAAAGAUCAUUUCUUAAACAGAUGUGAUUAAAAAGCUGCUACAUAUUCCUGUGAAAGCUGUCUCCCUUUCUGUUGUCUGCUUUUUAUUUCUUUAACCAGUUUUUUAUCCUUAAACAACUGACUUGUAAACCAGAGGUCUCCAGACCACUGCAGUGGUACGUCAGACUGGAGCGGAGACGACAGCCGAGCAGCAGCAGGACGCGCCCCUCCCCCUGCUCUUUCUGUGCUUGGAAUUCAGGGCCUGAUGUGGGGGAGAAAAACCCCGUAUUUGUGGGAAAGACUUGAAAGACUGAGGGAAGACCCCACCCCCUAUCUCCACCUGCCACUACAACCCACCACUCCCUCCCCACCAACGCACAGGAGGGAACCCAGAUUACAUGAAUGUCGGACAGAAUAAAAACAUGAACAUUGUGACCCAAAAUGAACCAGCACCUUAAAGACACAUCCAACCUAAAAUACCCAAUAGGAUAUUAUGUAUGAUUAUGUGUACUUGUAUAGAAAGAAUGUGAUAGAAUUGUAUGGAGAAAAUAUAGUACACUGAAUUUAUGGCAUGGUAUUUGUAGAGUCUGAUUGAGCAGGUUUUGUCAGAUGCUUCGGAGAUCUGAGUCUGUUCCUGGGUUCCUUCAAACACCACACAUUCUUCUCUUGUUUUUGUAAGAUGUAUUCUGUUGGUUUUCUUCUUUUUUUCCACAGAUCAUAGUAGUAACUAUUUGAAUUGUUCUCUAAGAGAUUUAAGAAGCAAGAGAUGUAAUGCAUUUUGAUAAUAAAAAAUAAUCAUAACAGCAAAGUA